AUGGACGUAAUUGGGUUAUUGCAAAUUGUUCCACUUAAUAAGACACCAUUAAUUCUUAGCAAGUUAAGCAGAGAACAGGAAAAACAUGCACGGCCUAGUGUAAGUGGGAACGUAAUCACGGUGCCUUUACUAAGACACCAAGUUCUUACUAUAGGAAGAUCCCCGAAGUGCAAAUUACAAAUAAUGAAUCCAACUGUUUCAAUGGAACAUUGUAUAAUCUGGGCAAUUCAAUUCGACAGUGAGUCAAACCUUAUUACUUAUAUAUCUGAUAAGUCAAGAAAUGGCAUCACACAUAACGAAACGGACAUGCUGUGUGGAUUGACCUAUAUUUUGGAAAAUGGAGAUACAAUUGGAAUAAAAACAGCUGCAUAUAUCACAUACAAAUGUUCGCAAAACGACAUAAGCUCUCAAACAGAACUAAACCAACCAAUCGAAGAUUGGGAAAUUUCCAGUAAAAUUAUUGGGAGUGGCUCGUUUGGUGCAGUAUAUGUCGCAAAAAAACCCAAUAACCCAAAACUAUUUGCAGUCAAAAUCACCCAGAAUAAUCAGUCGGAGUAUUUUUCUGACAAAAACAAGCCUACCCAAGAGUCUUAUUUGUUAAGCAAAAUUAACCAUCCCAACAUUAUUCAAAUAUAUGACACCAUUGCAAGAAAUUCAAAGAUCUUUCUCUUUCAAGACUUAAUAUGUGGCGGUGACUUGUUUUCCUAUCUAGUGAAAGACGACUAUUUAAAAGCAAUUCCCGAAAGGGAAGCGAUUUUUAUUGUGUUCCAAAUAAUGAAAGCACUACAAUUUCUACAUAAAAAACUAAAAAUUGUCCACCGGGAUCUUAAACUCGACAAUAUAUUACUUGAACUACCAAUUCCGAAAACAAAAAUCUACUUAUGUGAUUUUGGAAUUGCAAAAUAUCUUGGACAUAACAACAGAACCAACACAUGUGUGGGUACUCUCGAAUACAGCGCACCAGAGGUAUUCAAGUCUGAUAAAUCUGGCGAUAAAGCAGUCCAACCUUACGAUUUCAAAUGUGAUAUAUGGUCAUUAGGUGUGAUUACACACAUAUUGCUAUCUGGUGUAUCGCCUUUCUAUUCCGAGAGUAAAGAAAAAAUAAUUAAGGCUUCACGUCUUGGCCAGUUGAAUCUUGCAAAACCACAAUUCAAUAAAGUCAGUCUCUCAGGCAAAUCUUGUAUCAAACGGUUACUCCAAGUUGAAGCUGCAUCUAGGAUGGAUAUCAAUGACUGCUUUGACCAUGAUUGGAUCAAAUUGCAAAGAAAAAAAUUAGAGAAAACGUAUCGUUCAGUUGUUGGGACAGGAGGCAAUUAUGCCCCCCUACCAUUGAAUCAAACUUUGCAGCAUACAAAACGGAAAAAAACUUAA